AUGUACCUAAUUCUAACUUUAACCGUUCCACAAAUAGUGAAGUAUCAAAGAAAGUGUAUGUUGAUACCAAAAAAUUCACUGCAUUAUUCUUUGAUUCAUUUCAGGAAGUCAAUAGCUGGUAUGAGGAUUAUACCAGUAAAAAAGUGUUGAAACCUAUUUACUUUAUUAAUGUCGCUAGAGAGUCAUUGACUAACUACUUAAGUAACCGGCCAGGUUAUGUUCGUCAAUUAAAUCCACGAGUUAGUGGGUCACGACCGAUUGUUACAGUGUUUUAUGAGUUCAAAGAAGGUAGUAGUGGUAUAGAAGACGGAUUUGUAUUUGGAGAUUACUCUCACCCUUCGGGACAGCAUUACUGGUUAAGAUGGCCAGAAGUUGUAGAUGAGUUCAUUUAUUUUUCUAAGCACUUCAUAACCAUUCCUAGUGUUGGAUGGGUAAAUUACUUACAUCGGUUUGGAAUACCUGUUAUGGGGACAUUAAAUCUUGACGAGUUGGGCGGUAUAUACUCCGAUAAUACUCUAUUACAACGCGAUAGUUCAGGGCAGUUUUUAUUGGUGACAAUUUUAACUACUCUCUGCCAAGUAUUCAACUUCGAAGGCUGGCUAGUUCACCUUGAAAGCACCUUCACGAGCCGCUCAAAUUCUAUUGUAAAUCUAGUAAGAGCACUACGGAGUCAUGUAAGACUACAUGUAAAAUGCGGAAGAGUUAUCUGGUAUGAGUCUUACGUUGCAAGAUCUGGGAAGUCUGAGCAGCACAGCGGUGUGAAUCUUCAGAACUGGCAAUUCCUUGACGCCGCUGAUAGGUUGAUAACCAACUGCUUUUGGAAGGUUGCAAAUCUUACGGAAACCACGCAGAAUAUUGGGACCCUAUACAUGCAAAAUAAAGUUUCAUGGGGUUUGGAUUCUUGGGGUCGAGGUGCGAAGUUGUGCGGUAGUGGAUUAGCUUGUGAUAUUGCAAUAAAUGCAGUAAAGAAAGCCAGUAGUAAUAUAACGCUAUUUGCGCCAGCAUGGACUUAUGAAAACUUCCAAUAUAAUGACUUCCCAGAUAUUGAUGACGAGUUCUGGGCUAAAAUAUCCAAAAGCGUAAAGAGUUCCGAUGAUGAUAGUAAAGAAUUUGAGGCUGUACCUUGGUAUAUCAACUCUGACAGUGUCUCAUUCUUAACUCUCUUUUCAACAGGUUCUGGUUCAUUUUUCAAUUUUAAUGGUACUAUUGUUUCCUCGGAUAAUUGGGUUCAUUUAUCUUUAGCAACUCCGAUGCCAAACAAAAAUGAUUUGAUAAGAUUAAAUACGUCAGACGCUUUCAUUGGAGGAAACUGCAUUUCGAUAAUUAUUCCGAAGUUCCAGUCUGAAGGGAUUAAUAUCUUCAAAUUCGAUCAGUAUUUUAAGGCAGGUGUUGUGGAUAAGUACCAAUUGAAGGCUCGAGUAUGUUAUAAAGGCGUCAUUAAUGGAAUUCUGCCUUGUUUGGUUAUUCGAUGCUAUGUUAUAAGAAGGGGUAAAAUGGCGGGCCAUCUGAUUAGGGUGAAGGAUCUAAGUAUCCGCAUAUUACUCAACCCCAUUGAAAAUUGGGAGUAUAGGGAAGCCGCAAUAGAUAUACCAACAAUGUCAGUUGCAUAUAAUGAGGAAAUCCUCGUUGAAAGCUGUGAAUUAGAAUGGACUAUAGCAUCCUUUGAUGGAACGGAUUUAGGCAAUGAUCCUUGGCUUAUUGUUCCAAAUGAGGUAGAAAUGAAUCAAAACAUUGCUAAACUACCACUAGCUGCUAAUAGUAGUAUAUCCCUUGGGCUAUUCUCUAUUGAAAUUGCAGAAAAAGGAACAAAAUCGGUCAAAAAUAGGAGCAGAUCCCAGCUUGAGGAUAGCAAUACUAUUUUAAAAUGGCAAAACUAUGAGGAUGCGUUUAUGUGGAUUGUAAUGGAUGCAGGAUUUUUCAAGGGUGUGACAUUCGUUAACUGUUGGCCAACAUUAUCCACGAAAAAUAUUCAAAUAUAUAAGGUUCAACGUAAUGGGGAAAUAAUGGAAAUGCGAGUCUAA